AGCAGCCAGUUGCGAACUGAAAAUCGAAUCGUCGUCGUGGUUAACCUCCGAUGAGAAAAAAGGCAAGCUAGCUCUGUGACUGGUUACAAGCUCCGUACUGGAAGUUUUGUCUCGCGGCGCGUCUAUCGAGUAAAAAUCGGUUUUUCGACGGUCAAAAUCCGGAUUCGCGUUUCGGAAAGUGGUCCAAUUUGAUUAUGACCGGCAGCGGUUGCGAAUGCGAAAAAAUACACACUGGAGAUGUGCGCUGUAAAUGUGAUAACGCCAAUUUUCUGAAGCAAAUCUAAAGUACCAUUCUUUUUCAAGUGGUGAAGUAUCUGGAGGUUGUGAAGAAUAAGAAAAAAAGUGGAAACAGAAAAAACUACUCUACACGAACAAGUGAAGUGACAAAAUGUGAUAAAAAUUGUACUGCUUUCAAUGACUAAUGAAUGAAUAUUGCCGGCAUAAACAAGUUUUACGUUCGAUUACUGUUUCCCGCCGUUUGCCAUUGAUGUUUAGGACUGGAUUUUGAAAACAGUGCGCCACAAUGACAGUUCUCGGCAUGAUGACAGUUCGAAUUCGGCUGACAGCUGGCCUGCUGAGCGAAGGUAGUUGCGUUCGAAUAAAAAUGAGCAGUGUCACUUCGACAGAAAAUGGCGUCUGCCAACUUUUUGGAGGAAGCUCUUAAAUCAGAUGUCGAUGAAUCUGCGGUGAGUGCGAUCGUCGGAACGCUGGAAAAUCAGUUGGACCAAUCCAAUACAGGCCCGGUGCAACAAGUCGCGAAAAAUUUCGAGUGCGGGAAUGACGGAAACGCGUUAACCAGUGCAAUUGUGUCAAAUGGAGGAACGACGACGACGACCCCCAUUUAUAAUAGCUCAGUGCAGCAGCAGCAACAGCAGAAACACAGCAAUCAUGGUGUUGCCAAUGGUGAAAUCGUCGAUGUUAUGAACAACAACAAUAACAACAGCACCAACAAUAAUAAUAACAGUAAAACAUUCAUUAUAACCAACAGUGGUGGCCAGCAAACCGUGAUCAGUAACAGUAACAAUAACAGUAGUAAUACCAAUAGUGUCGGUUCUGGGGCGGGCGCGACCGUGUAUCUCGGGAAGAACAUUACUGUCUCGGCCACCACCGGAAUUGCACCGCCCUCGACACCUCCGGCCUUGAUAAGCACAGCUUCCCCUUCCUCGUCGGUUUCUUCCGGUAUUAAUAUCAUUAGUAAUCAGAUAGUGGUGUCUGCUGGUGGACAACCACCUCCCCCGUUCAACGUUCCCAACAAUAACAACAACAGUAGCAACAGUACGCAGAACAUGCCAAAGAAUGAACCAGUAAAGUUGGUGUAUCCUGCUCCGAACGGUGGCCCUGGAACGCCAACAGCUGGUACGGCACAGGCAGUCCUUAACAUGAACAACAACCGGGUCACGCUGACCUCGACGGCCCUGCCGAAUGGGACGAUUACCCUGACGCAGGCCCCACAGCUUAUCCAAACUGGUGGCAAAACCACCAUCCAGGCGACCACCCAGGGUGGACAGCCGCAAGGUGGACAACCGCAAACUUUGAUCAUCAAAAAUCAGCAAACCGGAGCCGUGAUAAACUCCGGAGCGCCAGGGAUAGUAACAAUGACAAAGCCAAUCAACAAUCAGUCCGCACAGAACAUAGUCGGUUUGCCGGCCGGUGUACAGAUAGUGAAUGUUAGACCUGGCGCACCACCCACGCAACAGCAACAGCAUCAUCAGCAGCAUCAACAACAACAGCAGCAGCAUGCACAGCCCAAAACUGUUGCCGCUGUCUCACCUAGAGUUGUACUCGGUAGCCAGCAAAUAGUUAGUACUAGACCACCAAACGCAAACGCUAUUACACUAAGUGCCCUUCAAGGACAGCCCGGAUCGACGCUGCUGCUGAAGAACGAGCAAGGCCAGUUUCAGCUGCUAAGGAUCGGUCCAGCGCCGACCGGUGCCCAGAUUACCCCUGCCAAUAUCACUGCGACGUCCGGCGGCAACCAGACGAUACGAUUGCAAACCGUGCCAGCUGUAAGUAGGUUUACCGGUCCUCCAUUAGCCCUCCGCAAGACCAUUGUCACCACGCAACAGGUGAAACAGAAGCAAAAUCAACCAAUUUCGUCCGGUUCUGGAACGAUAAUUGUCAAUUCUCAGUCCAUCACCUCUACACCAACAAGCUACGUGACCACACAGUCAACUCCAGUGGCAUCGGUUGCCCCGGUUCCGGCCUUGGCAGCUCAGCAGCACAUAACCAUCUCAACUGCCCCCCAGCCAGCACCCUCAGCUGUCGCAACGGGACAACCAACGGUUGUGGCCACUCAGCAACCAACGCAAACAGUCGUCACGAAUCAGCAACAACAACCGCAGCAACCUCAACAAACUGGCGGUGCGGGUCAACCGGCAACGCAAACCGUCGUAGUGACAACAACGACGACUGGUGGCCAAACUGCUCAGCAGCGCAACUCGUUAGAUAAUACCAAAGAAAAAUGCAGAAAGUUUCUUACCAAUCUUAUCGAGCUCUCGAAGCGGGAACCGAAACCGGUGGAAAAGAAUGUAAGAACUCUUAUCCAGGAAUUGGUUGACGCCAACGUUGAACCGGAAGAAUUUUGUGAGCGGCUGGAACGUUUGCUUAAUGCCAGUCCGCAGCCGUGCCUCAUUGGAUUUCUCAAGAAAAGUUUACCACUUCUUCGACAAUCCCUGGUAACCAAGGAAAUAACCAUCGAUGGCAUUAAUCCACCGUCGGCCAAUGUGGCAUUUUCCAGUUCAACUCUAACGCAAAUACCCGCCCAAAUUCGUCCCGUAACACAAGUCGUGACGCAAAACAGUAUAGUCGGUCAAACGCAAAUUCGAAUGGUAACGUCACAGUCUGGCGCAGCGGCCGUACCCCGGAUAGGGCAAACGACGAUACGGCCAGCUACUCCUGUGCGAAUACAAGGUCCAAUCCAGCAGCAACAAGCCACUCCAACUGGUCCUGGAGUCACUGCGAUUCCUCGACAGAUUACCGCCCAGCAAAUCAGGCCCAACGCAACGGCCACCGUUGGGCAUACGACAAUCGUGCAAACGGGGGGCCAGUCGCUGGCGCAGACGAUCUCGACGACACCUCCGGCGCUUUUACCGAUUCGCGCCACGACUGGAGCGGCUAUAACGCGUGCACCAGCGACCCUGCAAAUCCGUGCAGCAACUCCGGUAGCGUCCCGUGCGAAUAAUGCGACGCCAAACGCCACUAAGGCCACCAUCCGAGCACAAUCGCCGGCUGUGGCCUCAGUGGCAGCUGCUGCGGCAGCGGCGGCCGCUGCAGCCUCUGGUUCAGCUGCGACCCAGGUUAAACAAGUGACAGCAAUUAGUAACAGCAAUGUGGUCGUCGCAGCAACUCCAGUUGUGCCCUCGCCACCGACCGCUUCCGGUGCUCCACCUGGAUUGGUUGUGGCAGGGACACAGCAACCGCUGCCUGCGUUGGCUCUCAGCUCAUCAGCCGUGGCCAACAUCGCAGCCAGUAGUAACAGUAACAGCUCUACCGUGAACAUUAUCAGUACAAGCAGUAUUCCUUCGGCCACGAAUGUUGUAGCCGGAGCAGACCCCAGUAGUAUCGCGAAUUUAGGCAGUACAACUUCCGCUACGAACGCAAGUAGCAAUUCUGCUACGACCACAACUUCCAGUAUCAGUUCUUCCACCCCGGCGCCUUCCGUUUCUACUAGCAAUGCAUCUAGUUCUUCUACCACUACUACCACCACUGGCAAGGCCGGUUCGAAAUCGCAGAGCUCGGCUAGCAGUAAAAAGAAAGCUGCAAAUGCUGCUGCCGCUAGCUCUGCCGAUUCCGCUGACCAACAACAAGGGGCUUCAGCUGCAGCUAAAAAAGCGGCUGCCUCAAUGCAAUCCUCUUUCUACCAGCACCAUGUGGCUUCUUCCAUGUACGGGGACGAUGACAUUAACGAUGUCGCGGCCAUGGGUGGUGUAAACUUGGCAGAGGAAACGCAAAGAAUUCUUGGUUCAACCGAAUUCGUGGGGACGCAGAUCCGGUCCUGCAAAGAUGAAAUAUUCCUGCAAAUGCCUGCGCUACAGGCAAAAAUCCGAUCCAUUGUGGCACGACAUGGCCUGGAAGAACCAACUAGUGAAGUGGCGGUUCUGAUAUCUCACGCGUGCCAGGAAAGACUGAAAAGCGUUGUAGAAAAACUGGCUGUCAUUGCAGAGCAUCGAAUCGAUAUUAUCAAGGUUGACCCUCGGUACGAGGUGACAAAAGACGUGCGGGGUCAAAUCAAAUUUUUAGAAGAGUUGGACAAGGCUGAACAGAAACGACACGAAGAACAAGAACGAGAGAUGCUUAUGCGAGCGGCCAAAUCCCGAUCGAAAACAGAAGAUCCCGAACAGGCCAAACUAAAAGCUAAGGCGAAAGAAAUGCAACGAGCAGAAAUGGAAGAACUUCGCCAGCGAGAUGCAAACUUGACUGCCCUGCAAGCCAUCGGACCACGGAAAAAGCCUCGGUUAGAAGAAGGCGCCAGUACGCCCGUUACACCUGGAGUGUCGGGCGUUGGAACUGGUGCCAGUGGGAAAGCCGCCACGCCCCUUCGGCCACGAAUUAAGCGUGUCAACUUACGGGAUAUGCUCUUUUAUCUGGAACAAGAACGUGAAAGUUGUCGUAGUCAGAUGCUGUACAAGGCCUACCUCAAGUGAUCGAUUGUGACCAACUGUUGUGGUGGAGUUCCAAAGCUGAUGGCAGCUGUGGUGAUAGCAAAACUGUUUUAACUGCCGCUCUUUCUCUUGACUGGAGGAAGCAUUCACGACGGCCAUAUUCCAGUAAGCGGGUAGCAUUUAUAAGGUCUUUAUCAGAGUUACUAAACCAUGGUUUCUCGCUGCUCGCCGGAGUGCGUCGGACAAAACGAACAACAACACAUCACGAAAGAACCAUCUAACCAAACCGGUUCCAGAAUUUGGGCAGUUCAUAUUCGAGAAAAGAUGAACAUGACUACUGUAGGGCCCGUGAUGAAUUUCAUGUUUGAUUUUCUUUUAUUCAGUCAAGUUGAUGAAUUCGCGUGGAUGUGUGUAUGCGGCAGCGAGCCAAUGCAUUAUGUUGAAAAAGAAAACGAGAAUGAAAAUAAUGCGCGUGUGUGUGUCUCUGUAAAUGAGUGUUUUCUUACAUAGGGAAUUUUGCAAAUACUAACCAAACAGACUACGUGCGGGAAUGAAUGAGAGAAUAAUAGAAUGCUAGAAUCGGAUCGUUAUUCGGUCAUAAGUCGCAAGCGAUCUGCCUUUUUGAUGUUUUAUUUAAUUUACACAACAAUAAGUAGGAACAAAAACAAAGGUAAAAUAUGAACAUAAAAGAAAAAACAAACAAUCUGUACAGUAUCGUUAGAAAGUGAACACAUACAAAAGUCUAAACAAGGUUUUGUAAUAGUCGAAUGCAAGAGCCGGAAAAAUACUAUAGGUCUAAAACAUUGAUAACUCAGACGUUUGAAAAUAAGAAAAAGGGGGAAUGAAAAAAAAAAAAGAAGUUUAGAGUCCUUUAGAGCUGUGUGCUUGGGAAGUGAAAAUAAAUCGCUUAUCCAAGCAUUGUUUUUGUUUGUUUCUAUAUUUUUAAAAUCUGUAACCAUCAAAAUAUGAAAGAUGAAAGUCCGAAUAUCUGAAGAAAGGCAUAUUGAAUGGUGAAUUAAGUUUAGGAAGAAAAAUGUUUGAAAAUUUCCAAUUAGACUACGAAAAAGUUGAUAAUAUACCAGAAAUCAGAACAUGUAUGUAAAAGGAAUUUCAUAUGUUACAAUAGGUUUAAAAUAAAUUGACGAACAGUCAAUGAGAAACUAGCUUUCUUUGUGAUUAUAUCACUUAAAAUUAAAAGAAAAAGCUUAAAAUAUAUUUGUUUAUAAAAUUACAAUGAGUCCUUGCUAAUAUUUAUGUUUAGUAUCGUCGUCUUUUCAUUCAAAUUUAAUUUAAUGAAAUGAAAAUUUACAAAACAUAAAAACCACAUAGAAGCAAACAGAUGAAUACGAAUGAGAAAAACAAAACAAGAGAAGGGUUUCUCUUUUCUUAUAAAAAAAUAAACUACGAAUAAAAAAUUAA